GUAGUGGUUACGUGUUUCCGUUUGAUCAUGCAGCAUAAUACUCGGACACCCUUAUAUUUGUAUAUAUCAAAAUAUGCCUUUGUCCAAAGAGCCCCUUCAUGAUUUUCACACACAUACACUCGCUGCUUCGCUCUAUUUAUCAUUCAGUCGAUCAUUGAUAGGAAGGAAGUGCAUCAUCACUAAUGGCGGAGAAGUCUUUCAAAUACAUCAUCGUCGGCGGUGGUGUAUCAGCUGGCUAUGCUGCCAGAGAGUUUGAAAAGCAAGGAGUAAAGCCUAACGAACUAGCUAUCAUCUCUAAAGAGGGGGUGGCUCCUUAUGAACGCCCUGCAUUGAGCAAGGGAUAUCUGUUCCCAGAAGGAACUGCAAGGCUUCCAGGGUUUCAUGUCUGUGUUGGUAGUGGAGGAGAAAGACUCGCACCUGAGUGGUAUAAAGAAAAGGGCAUAACUUUGAUCCUUAGCACAGAGAUAAUCAAAGCAGAUCUACCUUCAAAAACUCUCAAAAGUGCAGCUGGUGACACCUUUAAAUAUGAAGUUUUGAUCAUCGCAACUGGCUCCACAGUUUUCAGACUGGAGAACUUUGGUAUACAAGGAGCUGAUGCCAAGAACAUCUUUUACUUGAGAGAAAUUGCAGAUGCUGAUAAACUUGUGGAAGCAAUUAAAAGUAAGAAAAAUGGAAAAGCUCUUGUUGUUGGUGGAGGAUACAUUGGGCUUGAGCUUAGCGCAGCUUUAAAAAUAAACAACUUUGAUGUUAGCAUGGUCUACCCCGAUCCAUGGUGUAUGCCUCGUUUAUUCACUGCUGACCUGGCGGCUUUCUAUGAGGCGUAUUAUACGAAAAAGGGAGUGAAUAUCAUCAAAGGAACAGCUGCUGCUGGAUUUGUAAGUAACGAAAAAGGAGAAGUAAAAGAAGUGAAACUAAAAAAUGAUCAGGUAAUGGAAGCAGAUAUUGUGGUUGUUGGUGUUGGAGCAAAGCCUCUAAUUAAUCUAUUCACAGGACAACUCGAAGAGGAUAAAGGUGGAAUCAAGACUAAUGCAUUCUUCAAAACUAGUGUUGAUAAUGUAUACGCGAUAGGUGAUGUUGCUACUUUUCCCAUGAAAAUGUAUGGAGACAUAAGAAGAGUUGAACAUGUUGACCAUUCCCGCAAAUCCGCAGAACAAGCUGUUAAGGCUAUUUUUGCAAAGGAGCAAGGAAAGGAGAUUGGGGCGUAUGAGUAUUUACCAUAUUUCUACUCGCGUGCGUUUGAUCUAUCAUGGCAGUUUUUUGGAGACAACGUUGGUGAGGCUGUUAUUUAUGGUAACCGUGAUCCGGCUUCUGAGAAACCUAAGUUUGGAACAUACUGGAUUAAGGAUAGUAAAGUGGUGGGCGCGUUUCUAGAAGGUGGUACCCCAGAAGAGAAUAAAGCAAUUAGUAACAUUGCAAAAAAGCAACCUACAGCCCCUACUCCCGACUCACUUGCUACUGAAGGUGUCCAGUUUGCAUCGCCCCCGUAGCACAGCCAUCUCUCGCUACCUUUGUUCAUGUUCCAUCUAACACGAUGCAUUGCAACGAUUUUGGGAGGAAGUGUUUCUCUCUCAUCAUCCUCUUUGUGGGCCAUGUGGUCUUUUACAUUGUUGGCCACGUCAUCAAUGCAUACUAAAGCUUGGCUACUUUUGUUUUUGUUUUUUGGAUUUUCCUUUGAGAUAUACUCUUUGGCUCUCUUUUCUUGAUUCAUUAUUGAUACAAACCCACGUUUUGAUCUCGGUGUAUCCCCCCAUUCGCUUGAUGAUUUCUUCAUUGGGAAUGGGAUGUUUGGUGAAGGGGUCAACACAGUGAGUGUUGACUUUUCUUCUUCCUUGGUUACAGAACCACAGAGAUAAUGAGGCUCUCGGUUUCUGUUAGGGUCUCUCUCCACUGAUUUUGUUGUAAGCUGAAAAUGAAUAACUUUGCCAUCUGAACAGCAAUAUGCAACCAUGUCUGUUAGUCUUGAGACAUGAACACACCAAAUUGA